GCUCAAGUUAGCGAGCUGAUUGGAAGUGUCCCCGCCUCUUUCUCAGUUCAACUUAAACCGAAAGUAAAAAUGUUUCUCCUCAAUACGAGCUACGACUCAGUGCUGGAAAGAAGCUGACUGAAGCUGACUACUGUGUCUGCACUCAAGACAGUGACGCUCACAUAUACUCAAGGACUGAUUUACUGAUUGAGCCUCCACACCCUCCGGCACUUUGUGGUAAUGUUGAUAAAUCUUGAUUAAACUCUCAAGCUGCUGUGUAAACAACAUGGAGUCUCAAAGAGGACUAAGCAGCAGAUGACAAACAGAAAGCAGUCAAUGAUGGAGGAUCUGCCUCUGAAAAGAGGAGGAACUGGUGCAACAGGUGGUCAAGAAGAGGGUUCUUCUUUGUAGGAUGGUCAAAGACAAUCUUGAUAAAACAGUAGCACAGAGCCAAAAACAGAACCGCGCAGCUGAGACACAGAGCCAGAGUCAUCCCCCCGAAGAACCUGCAGGCCCCGAGCAGAGCCCUGAGAGAGUUAAACCAGACAGCUCAGAGCCAACGGGGAGGCAGCUAGAUCUACUGCUUUGGCACAAACUCAACCUAGAGGAAGAACCUGAAGACUGGCGACAGCUGGUAACUGGAGCUGACGCUGACUGCCUGCCCACGCACCUCCGUCCAUUCAGAAGCCAGGCAGAGUAUGAACUAGUAAAAAGCACAUACCAGCAGCUCCAACACAGUGGUUACUACUGGGGACCAAUGACCAUGGAGGAAGCACACGAAAUACUCACAAAUGCAUUACUGGGUACCUUCCUUAUCAGAGACAGCGGCCAACCUGACGUCUUCUUUACUCUGAGUUACCAAAGCGACGACGGCCCGACGAGCGUUCGCGUCCAGCUGAACAACCUGCUCUUCAAUCUGAAUGGCAGCCAAAGGACUUUUCCAUCACUCUUCGCUCUGCUCACUUAUUACAGCAGCUCAUCCUGUAAGCUGACAGUGCCCUAUCGCAAGCAACGUCCAGAGAGCUUGAAGCAGAGAUGCAGGAGGGCUUUUGUCCAUACAUAUGGAGCAGAAAAUAUAAGCACCUUACCUGGACUGAGCCCUCAAGUUAAAAACUAUGUCCAUUCGUACCCUCACUCUAUAUAGACGCAUAUAGAGUGGCAGUUUCUGUAACAAGAUGUUGUUUGUGUUAUUAUAAGUUAAAAAAUAGCCCUGUAUUUGUGUUAUUUAAUCAUUAAUGUUGUGUUAAGUAACACAAGCACAGCUUCAAAGUAUUUGAUCAGCCAAAUGUUCAUGGUCUAUUUGCGCACAUUUUCAAAAUGGUAUGAUUUACAGAAUAUACAUGGCAUGUGUUCUGAUUUUUAAAAUAAGAACGUCACAAAAAUCAUCUAUGCACAUAGGAUCUUAGCAAAUCCUGUGCAACUGCUACACCACCACUGCCUCCAUGAUACAUAUCAGUAACAUUGAUGAAAAUGUAUAAUUUGCUGCUGCUUAAAGCUGCAUUAAUUGAUGUUCGGCCACUAAUUGGCAGAGAAAGAUCAAAACAAACUGGCAACAACUUGUUGUGGUUUUAAAAUAUUUUAGAAUUUUAGAUGUAAUUUAGAAUUUUAAAACUUGUUUCUUAAUAAUGUGAAAUAUUAAUGAACAUUGAUCUGAAGUGAUGUUUUUGACUACAUCAUAAAUGAAAGCCUAAUAUUCUCUCUUCUGUUACUCUUUAGUUUUGUACGGAGGCCAAAAAUGGCCUAAUGGCAUUUAUGUUUUAAAUCCUGUCUUAAAUCUCCUGAGUUAAUUAUCUUAUUAUUUUAGGACAAAAUCUUUUUUCUAAUAAAUGGUUAAUUAUCUUAUUA